AUGGGUUCGGAAGUCAAGAAGACAUCACUUUCCUCCGCCGAUUCCACACUUCAUCCUGGGCUCGAUGCCCCGGCACAGCUCGGAGUCAAUGCACUGAGUCAACUCGGGCUCGAUGACCAGCACAAUGCCCAACCGCUGGCGGGGCCUGGUGGCUAUGUAGGAUGGGUCAACGGCUCUCAGGCUGCACUUUUGUGGGCCGUGGUGGGCCUCGUUUCAGCCACCGCCUGCCCAGUUUUCCUAUGGGAUUUUCACGGUUCGGCUCUAGCUAUGACCAUGUUUGCUGUAUUUGUUGUCACGUUUGCGAUUUACCUGCUAGGGUUUCGAGCGAGAAAAAGUGUGAUCAUGCGUGAGAGACGCAACUGGUGGCAGACGAUCAUAGCCAAUCUGGCCUUGUCGGGUAUCAUGAUCCUCACGGCAUACCUUCAUAAGGCUUCGUAUCGGGGGAUGAUAUGUCAUUAUUUGGUAGCCGUGGCCGUCUUUGCUUUUAUCGAGAUCGGUAAACCGAUCUUCGAUUAUGGUUUUUUGCAGAAUUACUUGCGCUUGCCCGUCCUCACGGCUUUCCAGCAUUAUGGUCUAUGUGUGUCUGUAUGGCAUUUCAUCACGGUGGGUACUUUGGUUUUUGCCACUUGGUGGCAAUCUUACUUCCUAUACCGGUUUGACUACCAGGCCCCUCAGCCUGUUGAGGAUACCAUUGUAGGGAUUCCAGAUCAGGAGCCAGUGUUACUACUAGACGAGUCCAACGAUCACGUUUAG